UACUGUUGAGAGAAAAUGGAUUUGCACUGCGUUGCUUUUUUCCUCCAGUGUUACCUGAUGUUGACAGCAGCCAUGUAUUUUGAUCUCGGAGAGCAGGAGGAGAAAUGCAUCAUUGAGGAGAUUCCUGAAGACAUGCUGGUGACAGGACAUUUCUUGCUGGAGCCUUGGGAUUUAAAGAUGUUCACCAAUUCCGCUCACCUUGGUGCCACUGCGACGGUCAGAGACCCAAACUAUGAGGUUGUGAUGUCGAAGCGCUUUGGUAAAUUUGGUAAAUUCACCUUCACAGCUCACACCUCUGGUCAACACUACAUAUGUUUCCAAACAAACUCCACAAGGUUUUCAGUCUUUGCUGCAGAAAGGCUGAAGCUACAUUUGGACGUUCAGAUAGGAGAACACGUGAUUGACCACGGUCAAAACACCAAAGUCAACCUGGAGGUUCUGGAGCACAACCUGAACCACCUCACGGACCAGAUGAUGUACAUCACCAAGCAGCAGGAGUAUCAGAGGGAGAAAGAGGAGGUUUUCCGUCAGAUCAGCGAAAACACCAACAGCAAAGUGUUCUGGUGGGCCGUGGUGCAGACCGGGAUUCUGCUGUCAGUCGGGUUCUGGCAGAUGAAACGACUCAAGGACUUCUUCGUUGAAAAGAAGCUGGUCUGAUGAAUUCAAUACUGCUCCACUACUACUGCUACUCAUUUAUUACCUCAUAGAAUGUUUGGGUUGAUAUCAAUGCACGUUUGUCAAGUGCAUGACGUAAUCUGUUACGGUGUGACGUAAAGCCAAAAUGAAUCAACCUAGAACUUAAUGUGAAUAAAGUCUGAAUGAUUAUUU